UAUCUAUACAAAUAUAUAUUCCUAGACAGAAAUAGAUGGCAUCAUCAUCAGCACCUAAUCUAUGGGUGUUGUUUGGUUUAAGUUUAGCCGGAAUUAUGUUAAUGGCCAAAAAAUUCAAGAAAACUAUUAAACCUGAUUUUGGAGCAUUUAUUCAUAAAUUCGAACUUCUUCCUCCGCCCCAGCCUGCCCCUCCUAAGGCCCCCCAUCCCCUCACUGGCCUCACUUUUGCUGUUUCUGACAUAUUUGAUAUCAAUGGGUAUGUAACUGGGUUUGGCUGUCCAGACUGGGAAAGGACACAUGAAGCUGCUUCACAGACAUCUCCUGUUGUUUCAGUACUUGUAGACGGCGGAGCAACAUGUGUUGGAAAAACUGUUGUGGAUGAAAUGUCAUUUGGUAUUACUGGAGAAAAUAGACAUUAUGGUACACCGACCAAUCCUGUUGCUGAUUCAAGGAUACCGGGAGGAUCAUGCAGUGGCGCUGCUGUAGCUGUUGCUGCCAAACUUGUUGAUUUUUCUUUGGGUGUUGAUACUGUUGGUGGGGUGAGGCAACCUGCUGGACAUUGUGGCAUCCUUGGAUUUCGGCCAUCGCAUGGUGCCGUUUCUCAUUUGGGGAUCAUUCCGGUCUCAACAAGUUUUGACACAGUUGGAUGGUUUGCCACGGAUCCCAGUAUAUUACGUCGUGUUGGACAAGUUCUGCUACAAGUGCCACUUGCAAUCCAACGUAACCCUAGGAAUAUUAUCAUUGCUGAUGACUGUUUUCAGUUAUCAAAAAUUCCUGUUGAUCGGUUGACCCAGGUGGUGAUUAGAUCAACUGAGAAUCUAUUUGGAAAGCAAGUUUUGAAGCAUCGAAAUCUUGGUGAUUACAUUGCUUUGAAAGUUCCAAGCUUGAAAGCACUUGAUUCUAAUAAGUCAAAUGGUGAUGUCAAGUUUUCUUCUCUAAGGUCGCUUGCUAACAUUAUGCAGUUACUAAGAAGGCAUGAGUUUAGCUAUAAUCACUUUGAAUGGAUUAGCUCUACGAAGCCAGCUUUAGAUCCUCUUAUCUCAGCUCAGGUACACGAGAGGCUGGAAUUAUCAGAGAAAGAUGUUGAAAAUUUCCGUUCUGUUAAAAGCGAGCUGAGAUCGGCACUAAAUGCCCUUUUAAAGGAUGACGGAGUGCUUGUAAUCCCUACGUUUUCUAGUCCUCCUCCCAAAGUUGGGUCGAAAGAGCUUUCAUCAGAAGACUAUCUUAUGAGUGAAUUUUCCCUCAUGGGUUUAGCAAGCAUGUCAGGUUGCUGUCAGGUCACAAUACCUUUGGGACUGUAUCAAAACUACCCUGUUUCGGUGUCGUUGAUAGCAAGACACGGGGGUGAUCUUUUUCUACUAGAUACCCUACAGACUAUGCAUGCAUCUCUCCUAAAGAAGGCCGAUGAAGCUGGGAAGUCCAAAUUGUCUGAUGAUGUUGUCACCAAGGAAGCCUCUGCUGACAUCGCUAAAGAGAAGGGCAACAUUGCAUUCAAAUCAAAAAAUUGGCAGAAGGCCAUCGGGUUCUAUACGGAUGCCAUUAAACUCAACGGCAACAAUGCAGCAUAUUAUAAUAAUCGAGCGGCAGCAUACUUGGAGCUGAGAAGUUUCAUUCAAGCUGAAGCCGAUAGUACCAAAGCGAUUGAUCUUGAUAAGAAGAAUGUGAAAGCUUACUUACGGAGAGGCACCGCACGAGAGAUGCUUGGAUACUAUAAAGAGGCAAUUGAAGAUUUCAAAUAUGCACUUGUUCUAGAGCCAACCAAUAAAAGAGCAGCAGAGACUGCUGAUAGGCUAACUAAAUAUUUUCCGUAGAACUUGGCAGAGAAAAAAAUGCACAAGCAGCUUUCUUGCAAGCGGUAUUCUUGGAUCGUGCCAUACUUUGAAGGAAAUCCCGAGGUUAUGUAGUAAAUUGUGUUUCUGGGUUUCCAUUGACGGAUCAAGUUUACACUUAGCAGAAGAUGUGUAAUAUAGGUCAAUUUUGCCCCAGGUAAUACUAGCAUUCCAAGUCCAGAUUCAGAACUUUAUAAUACGAAAGAUGAGGUUAAUUAAUCUCCAAAUAUUUAUCAUGUUA